AUGGCUAUUGCUCCAAGCCCUAUGCCCCAGAAUGCCACAUGGAACCAGGACGGACUGACAGUGCUGUCGGAAGUAUCCCCUCUUGCUGUGUUCGUUGAUGCCAAGAAUAAUGUGUACGUGUCCGAUGGUGUGAGUAAUCGUGUGAAAAGCGUGGGCAAUGGAAAACUCGUACCCAACCGGCGUGCACCAGACUCGAAACGGUCACAAUUGGAUUCACCAAUGAGUAUCUUCGUCGAUCGUAAUGGGAAUGUAUUCGUAGCAGAUACGUACAACUUUCGUAUUCAAAAGUAUGUUCCGCGAGCCGAAACCGGUAGGAUGGUGGCAGGAACCGGGAAAGUUGGGUCAACAAACAACUCGUUUGGUCUCGUCUACGGGAUCUACGUGGAUGACAAAGAUUAUUUGUAUGUUUCCGAUUAUACGAAUCAUCGAGUAAUGAAAUGGGCACCAGAUUCUACAUUUGGAGAAGUUAUCGCAGGAGAAACUGGUGUCGCAGGUGAAGAAGACACUCAACUCGACAGUCCAAGAGGAAUCCACGUUGAUCGUGAAGGGAAUCUCUUCGUGGCUGAUUCUCUCAAUCAUCGAAUUCAAAA